CUCCAGGAGUCUGCGGAGCUCCUCCCGCUCUCUCGCUCGGUUUUUUCGCUCUCGCGCCGUCUCGUUUUUUUACCUUCCCACCCUCCCGUCUGUCCAUCCAACUCUUCUUCUUCUUCUUUCUCCCCCUCCUUUUUCUCCUCCUCUUCCUCCUUCUUCUUCUUCUUCUUCUUCUGCAUUUUCUCGGUCUCUGGUUUGCGCGCACAGCGGUGCAGCUUAUAGCCUAGCCAUCCGCUACUUUUUUUUCUUCCCCCUUUUCCCUUUCACCUGCGUGUACGCGCCGAGACUGCGCAACUGGACCCCUAUCCUUAUCUCCCUUCAACCCCCCUUUCCCUAUCCCCUUGUACCAGUGCACCGAGUGCCGAUUGUACACCAGCAGCACCGACACCACCACAGUAGGCAGUUGCAGCUUUGACAAAAGAGCAGCAAAGGAGAAUAGUUAAUUGAGCAGCAGCGGCAGAACUCACCGAGAGAAUCAUCCAGCGGAUCAGCAGGAGAUAUGCUCGGCGGAUGAGCGGCCGCCCUCACGGGACGAGUUGACCGACUCCCCAGGGGAUACGGCCUCAAAAGCGACCAUGCCAUGACGAAGUAGCUCGAGGCACGCGGCAGCCCAGCAAUGAUGUGACAAUAAAGUUACCUCCUUAAUCUGAUCUCGGGGGACCUCGAGCCGAGUCCCGGUGUGUCAAUCCAGUGCUUCCCGUGAAAACAAAAAUUCAACACAACAGUUACAAAAAGGAGAAAACGAAGAAAGAAAAUUCGAAGAAACAGAAAAGAAGAGGUCGUCAAAAAAGUGAGAAAACAAGAAGAGGCAAGCGUUAAACGAAGUGGAAAUCGAGAACGGAAGCGCAGCCGGCAGCAGCGUAGCGGAGGAAAAAUUCCAGAGGACGAGAGAAAAGAAGCAAAAAAAAAAAAAAAAAAAAAGAUGAGGCUGUGCGCGUUAUCGCAAAGUACGUAUAAAUGUGUGCGUGUGUCUUAGUUGGGGAACCGCAGUGCCAAAGGUCGCAAGAGCCAAAGCCAAAAGCGCUAAGCGCGCGUACAACGGAGUGUGUCAAAAAAAUAUACAAGGAAGCGUACACAGCGCGAGUAUUCUCAGAGAGCCCGACUGAACGCCGAAGCCAAAGCUCUCGCGCUGCUCCGUACAGCUUCCGACUGAUAAAAACGCGCUUCCAAAAUCCGCAUCGACUGCGGCGUGGGAGAAAAGGAAUAAAAGUGCUUCUUUGCGAUCCCGAAAACCGCGUGGGCGGAACAGGAGAAGGGGAAAGAGGAGAGGAGAGCCGCAACGACGGGAAUCCAGGACAGAAGACUGGCCAGCUAGCCCAAGCUGGUUUUUGAGGGAGAGUAAGGAAAAAAAAGGAAGAAAAAAAAAAGAGACGCAAAGAUGGGCAACAAAUUGUCGUCGUGCAGUUGCGCGCCCUUAAUUAAAAAGGGGUACCAUAGGUACGAGGACUCGCCCUGGCAGGCCAACGCCCGGAAUCAGCGUGGCGGCAGCGAGCGCAGGGGCGAAACUGGCCACUUGCUCAGGUGCGGAAGCUUAAGAGAGAGGAAGAGGCUGUGGGCCGAGGUGUUUCACGUAACGAGCGGCGCGGGCAGCGUGAAAUGGCAACAGAUCUCCGAGGAUUUGGUCCCGGUGAACAUUACCUGCAUACAGGACACGCCCGAGACGAUUUUCCAUAUCACGGCUUACAAUUGCCAAGUCGACAAGAUUCUCGACGUCCGACUCGUACAGCCUGGCACUCGAAUUGGCCAGGCAUCCGAGUGUUUUGUCUACUGGAAGGACACAAUGACAAACGACACUUGGGGACUGAAUUUCACUUGCGCGAUCGAUGCCAAGCAAUUCAAAGAAUGUGUGCAGUCGCCGGCGUUCAAGGGCAUCGGCCGCAAGGGCUCGUCGUCGUACUCGCUGCGCAACCUGGACCCGCUGAGCAAGCAAGCCGGGGCCAAACAGCCCCGCCAGCGCCGAAAGCCGCUCUCGACCCCAGCCUCACCGAGUCGGGCUCCAGGUGGUGGCGAGCCGCGUUGCACCUGCAUGACACCCGAGCAGUACAACCGGGCGCUCAGUCGGGACCUUAGAUACAACAGGCCCACCCUCGCCACGACUUGCGCAGUGGCCCAGACUCUCCCGAGGAUCUCGACGCGGCCCGUGGACGCCGAGCUGCAGGCCCGGGACAAGAUAACGACGGCGACGUCGAGCGCCUCACUGUACGACAACGUAAACAGCGCGAACGUGACGACGAGCUCGGGAGCAGCCCAGCAGCAGAUCCAGUCUAUCGGUCCCGGCGCCAAAAUGUCCAAGGCGGACUCGAUCCGGCUGAAAAGUAUGCAGGACAAGCAGCAGCAGAACGAGACCUGCCAGACGGGCACGCCGAAAACAGCGAGCGUUGCCAUUGGCACGAGCACUGUUGGCUCACAGUCGCUUAGAAACGUCAGGCGACAGAAUAGCAUCGACGUGCCGGAGGACAAGGCCACGGGUCCCUCGCCCAAGAAGCCACUCAAGCAGAGCCAGGACAGCGCGAUCCAGAACGGCCCUGAACGCGAGACCCUCAAGUCCGAGGGUACCCAGGCAGGUGGGACCCUGAGCAGGUACCACCACCGCAAGGAUCACUUGCAGCACACCAAGUCAGCCGACUAUACGGAGCUCGAGCUCCAAAACGGCAACGUGUUCGGGCCGAUGAGCCAAGGCCGGCGCAACAAGAGCAAGAGCACCGACGACAUGCGCAUCGAGAGCCACCCGAGCGUCGUGGCCACCUCGACCCUGCACCAUCCGCCGCAGAUGCUCAACGGGCCGUUCAUGCCAGGGAUGGGCCACGCGACGGGUCUACCCCCACCCGGGCCUCACCACGGGCCUCCCUACGACACGCACACGAUGAGGCGCGUCUUCCGGCCGAUGUCGAGCAUCGAGAGCCCCAUCACCUCGCCCGAGAUGUCGCGCAAGCGCCACCACCAUUACCACGAGCACCCGAACAACAACAACCAGCGCUACGUCAUGUCCGAGGCUGAGGACAACUACGUGCACGCCUACCGGCAUCCCAACAACAACUAUCACCCGAGGUUCCAGCCGUCGAGGAACGUGCACGAGAUGGACCGACAGUACUCCGCUCUGCACACGCCGUCCCAUCAGGCCGGGGGGGUCUCGGGAAAGACCGGCACCGGGAAACGGAGGGAGGCGAGGCGGCAGCAGCUGCUGCUCGCGGAGGCCGCCAAUAACGCCAAUAGUAGCGGCAGCUGCAACCGGGCCGCCGUUGUCACCACUCCCACUCUCGGCUCCUCCUCUCGCACGAGCGCCUGCACGAGCACCACAUCCGCCGCUACGUCCGCCGCUACAGUCGCUACUGGUGACGUCUCGCCGCCCUCGGACAACGUCAUCUUCGACAACCAGUGCUACGCAACGACCCCGAGCUCCUCCAACGGCAACUCCGACAUGGAGCAGCAGCAGCAGCAGCAGCACCAUCACCAGCAACAACAACACGGGCUUCAGCAGCAUAGCCACCAGCACCCCCAUCAGAUGCACCCCCAACACCUCCACCCAGCUCAGCAAAUGCACGUGCAGAUGCAGCAGUCGGGCCUCGCUUGCCAGUCGCGCAGGUGCAACAGCCAGCUCUGCCAGCAGCUCCAGCAGCAGCAACACCUCCAACAACAACAACAGCAACAACAACAACAACAACAAUUCCAGCAGCAGCAACAACAACAACAGCAACAACAACAACAACAACAACAGCAACAACAACAACAACAACAGCAGCAGCAGCAGUCGUCGGUGUCGACGCCGGGCAGUCCGACGACAAACAGGCUGUUGCUCGAGUACGAGAUGCACCUGAGGAACACGCUGGCCAAGGGCAUGGACGCCGAGAGCAUUAGCCUGCACACCUUCGAGGCGCUCCUGUCGCAGAGCAUGGAGAACCUUGAACUGGCCGAGAGUAUACCGAUCAACCAGUCGCAGCAGCAGCAGCAGACCCAGACGAUCCAGCGCACGCCACACCCAACGAGGAGACUUUUAGGCUCGAGCGCGAACAAGUCGUCGACCCUGCCGCUGUCGUACAGGUACGCGACCGAGAGACAGAGCAGCCGGGAGAGCAGGGACGGCUACUACAGCGACAGGAACGAGAUCAUACGCGAGAGAACGAGGGAGCAGAGGGAGCAGGAGCGGGACAGGGGAUACUUGAGCGAUUACAACUCCAGGGGCACCUUCGACAGACAGGACAGCGUGAGGUCGGAUUACAUGUCGGACCGCGAGAGCAGGUACGGCAUCGUUCAGCAGGCCUCCCUCGAGAGCACCGACUCGAGGCUCUGCUACUUGACGUCCUCCGAGAUGUCGGACGACGACAGAAUGUCAUUGACCACGGCGGUGAGCGACGAUGACGACGGCGAGAGCAUGAUGAACUCGCCCUACCGGGGCAAGCAAACUGGAACAGCCGCCGCGUCCUUCAACUGCACUGGUGCGGUGCGCAAAGCAGGAUUCCUGAGCGUGAAGAAGUGGCUGUUGCGCAAAAAGCACCAGAUCGAGUUGGCGCGCAAGCGCGGCUGGAAGGGCUACUGGGUAUGCCUGAAGGGCACGACGUUGCUGUUCUACCCGUGCGACUCGCAGGAGAGGCGAGCCGUCGAGACGGCCCCCAAGCACCUCAUCAUCGUCGAUGGGGCGAUCAUGCAGCCGAUACCCGAGCACCCCAAGCGGGACUACAUAUUCUGCCUGAGCACCGCCUUCGGCGAUGCCUAUCUCUUUCAAGCUCCGUGUCAAGUGGAGCUGGAGAACUGGGUGAACAGCAUACAUUCGGCGUGCGCGGCGGCGUUUGCGCGCCACCGCGGCAAGACCGGCACCCUACACCUACUCCAGGAGGAGAUCUUCCGAUUGGACAAGGCCAUCGAGUCGGACUCGAAAAUGAGGCACAUGGCGGACCUGCAGCAAUCCGUGGUAUCCGACAUCGAUGGAAAGCAGCAGAUAAACAAUCAAAUCAUCCAGUACGAGGAGAACCUCGAGAGGCUGCAGUGCGAGCAGUUUCGUCUCAGGUGCUACAUGGCGAGCUUGCAGAGCGGCGAGCUACCAAAUCCAAAGAGCCUCCUGACGCACGUAUCGCGAGCAACGAAGCAAACCUUGUACAAACUGGGGGUGUUCACGGUGUCGUCGUUCCACGCGUUCAUCUGCGCCCGCAGUCCAUCCCUGCUGAACAACUUGCUGGCGGGCCGCGGAGCCACGAAGCGCCGGCCGCUCCUCCUGUCGCGCUCCAACAGCGGCUCCAGCCGGCGCUCCCUCCAGAUGUCCAACAGGGACGACGAGAAAAGCAUCAAAGUCACCGUACCUGAGAACCAGCUCGUGUCGGUCUUCCUGCGCGACGGAAUGACCGUCGAGGAGUUCCUGGCGAGCGCGUGCAGCAGAAAGGGCCUUAACGCGAUGGAGCACUUUGUCCGGGUGAAAAAGCGCCGCGACAUGGAGGACCACAACUACUUUGUGCCCCACAGGAGCGACACGAUCGAGACAUACAUCCAUACGCACGAGGUCGUCGAGGUGUGCGCCAAGAUCCUCUACCAGGUGGAACUGCAGAGGAACACGCUCGACCAGAUGUGGGGCUUCUCCGUCGAAGCUGAACUGAUCGAGAACGCGGACCGGCAGGACGAGCUGUGCUGUUACGUCAGCAGGGUCGAGGACAAGAGCGUGGCUAUGCAAAACGGUAUAAUAAAGGGCGACGAGAUAAUGGUGAUAAACGGGGCGAUAGUGAGCGACCUGGACAUGAUGUAUCUCGAGUCGGUGCUACAAGAGGAGCAGGCCCUCUGCAUGAUGAUGCGUAGCUCGCGCACCGAGCCACCGGAUCUGAGCGGCAUCAUGAGGGUCACCGACGACAUCAUCGACAGCCUCGUGUGCCCACCACCGCCCACCGAUCCCCCGGUCAUCAGCGAGGAAAUGAUAUCCGGCCUCAUCGUACCUGCCCCCGGUUGGAGUAAGGAAGCCCUUCCGGACACGCUGUGCCCCACGGAUGGUGGCAGCAAGCAGACGUCCCGGGCGAACUCCUUUGAGAUCGAGAACCUGCUCAAGACCGCCGAGCAGGUGACGGGCAUCUGCCGAUCUCCGGGCGAGACGCGCAAGUCCAGCCCGACCGGUAGCGUCUUGAGCGCCCACUCGCAGGUCCUAACGCCCAGUCGGCAACUUACCGACGCCGAGAAGCUCAGGAAGGUCAUACUCGAGCUCAUCGAGACCGAGAGGAUGUAUGUUAAGAACCUGAACAACCUAUUGGAAAACUAUUUGGAGCCCCUGAAGCGCGAAACAUUCCUGUCGAACGCCGAGAUAAACGCCCUGUUCGGCAACAUCCAGGAAAUCGUAACGUUCCAGCGGCAAUUUUUACAAAAUCUCGAUCACGCGAUCGAAGUCGAGGCCGAUUUCAAUAAUUUUGAUUAUCCGAGUCAAUUUAAGAACGUCCUGUUUUCCAUCGGAAGUGCCUUCUUAUAUUAUGUAAAUCACUUCAAGCUCUACAGCUCGUUCUGCGCCAGCCACUCAAAGGCCCAAAAAGUUUUGCAUCCAAAUGAAGGAAACCAAGCCCUGCAAGAGUUCCUACAAGCGCGCAACCCGCGCCAGCAGCACUCGUCCACGCUCGAGUCGUAUUUGAUCAAGCCGAUACAGAGAAUACUCAAGUACCCGCUGCUACUGCAACAGCUGCGAAAUCUCACGGACGAUCGGAGCGAGGAGCACCAGCAUCUUAUAGAGGCGCUCAAGGGCAUGGAGAAGGUGGCGGAGCACAUAAACGAGAUGCAGAGAAUCCACGAGGAGUACGGAGCCAUAUUCGACCACUUGUUCCGACAGCACCAGAAAUCUUGCAAACAACCGAUCGACCUGAGCCCCGGCGAUCUGCUCUACUACGGGGGCGUCGAGUGGCUCAACAUCUCCGAUUUCCUGGGCAAAAUAAAGAAGGGCCUCGAGCUGCACGCCAUGUGCUUCGUCUUCAAGUCGGCUGUGGUGUUUCUCUGCAAGGAGAAGCUCAGGCAAAAAAAGAAGCUCAUGGGUGGCUCGUCGAAGAGCAAUCUGCCGAAGACAAACGCCGGCGACGUCGAGAUCAUUCGCUACCAGGUGCUCAUCCCGGUGACGGAGGUCCAGGUGCGCUCGAGCUCGGCCAAGGACAUGGAGUCGCACUUCCUCUGGGAACUGAUUCACCUGCGCAGCCAGUUGCAGCGGCGCUCCGAGAAGGUCUACGUCCUCUCGAACAGCACCGGGGAGUUUCGCAACCAGUUUCUCAAAACGAUACGCCAGAUCAUCCGGGAGUCGGUGCGCAACAUGAGCAUACCAUCCAGGCCGCAACUCGGUGGGCACCAAACGAUGACGGUGUCGCCGCGCAUGACCUCGAGCAUGGGCGCCGAGAAGUCGCUCCAGGGCCAGAACGGGGCUCAGCACCACGUUGUGCCUACGAUGCCGCCGACGCCGCCGAUCCUGCCCGCGCGCACGCCCUCGAAGAAGGCGCUCCAGCUCAAGAUGAUGAACUCGCAGAUGAGGGGCAAGUUCGCCACGUCCUCGAGACAGCCCGUCGAUAGGGACAGCUCGGAGGACAAGGACGCGGAGGAGCCCCAGCAGCAGCAGCAGACCUUCCGCACGAGGAGCAAGACGAUCAGCGAUUCGACCGGGGAAGUAAAGGUUGAGAUGGAUUCGGGGACAAAGUCGGAGGGCGAAGAGGACUCGCAGGCCUACGCGGGCGAGAAAAAGACGAGUCUGGGCCGCACGCCCAACCAUUUGACCCUGAGCACGACCUCGACGAUAUCGGCCGGCAGUACCGGGAGCCAGGCUAAACUGAUACAGUCCACCCAUAAGCCGGAACAUUACCAGCCGGCCGCCGUUAAAGAGCUUGGUUCGCCAGUGUGGAAGCCGCGCGAGCUGCCGUCUUUGGGCGAGGCGACAACGUUGCCACGCAAAGGCAAGGCCUCGGCUGCCGAGUUCGCGGACAUCAGCUCGAAGCAGAGCGCCAGCCGCAAGUCCCUUGCUGACAUCAACCAGGUGGCACAACAGCACCACCACCAUCAGCAACAAUCGGGUUUCAACAACCACGUCUAAGAAUAAAAAAAAAAAUAAUAAUAAAAAAAAAUAAAAUCACGACUACACGUCUACAAGAAAGAGAUAGUCGGGAGCGGUCUCCUCUCUUUUUUUUUCUUUCGCAGGAAAAAAAAAACUCAUUAUGUACGUAAGAGAGAGAAAAAUCCUCCAAGGGCCGUUCGAUACUCAAAUUUGUUACGUGGAGGAGGUACGCGAGAUACAACGCGCUCGUCAUAAAAACUCGUGCGUGUGUGCGUAAAAGUACCAAGACGAUUCGAAGAUGAAAAUUAAAAAUUGAUCAAAGAGUACGUAUAUAAUGUACCUACACCCAAUGCCUGUACGGUAUAAUGGUAGCACGGGCCUGUUGCUGUCCGUGCUAAACGAAGGCCCACCACAAUCGCGCCCAUCUCUCGAACUCCCCCUUCGCGCGUCGUUUCUUCAAACUCGGCGAUCGCGAGCUAGAUAAUAUUAUACAUUACUUAUACAUUGUAACAAACAAAACAGGUAAUUGAUACAACGACGAUAUAUAAACGUAUAUACGUAUCUAUUUGUGUCUACGACUACGUGUGAAAGAAGUGGGUGUGGAAGUGAUGACGAGGCGCGAGCGUGAACGCGUUUACUGCACUUGUACUUACUUACCCGGACGGAAACAAGCCCCCCCCCCUCCCCCUACUCGCCCUUUGCUCGUGGAGAUCUUGUUGCAUCCCGUGAAGUGUGUUAUGAAAAAUGUAAAAUAAAAAAAAAUAAAUAAAUAAAAUUAAAUGCCAAUCGUGUUACGUGUAUCAUACAUAGGGGUAAAAUAAGUCGUGGGACUUUUUAUUGAAAAAAUAGAUAAAUAAAUAAGUUAAAUAAUGGUAACGAUGAUCACUACAGAGUAUACAGGCGAAGAAUAAUGUGGAUCUCUCGCGAGACUUUGAUACUCAUUUCCCAAAGUAUACGCACUCGUCUCGCUACGUCCCAAAUACCUUUUCGGUUCGGUUUAUCGGCACUUGCUUUUGGGAUGUCGAAACUCGACGAUUUGGUGCCAAUUAUACGACACAUCCGCGACGGACUGAUUUCAUACUGCGUACAAACGACGCGUUUUUUAUCCCGCUUUGCUAUCGU